UGUAGGCAGUUGGAACUAGCUGAGUGGGCAGCAUGGAGCAGUUUGGGUCGAAGGGCCUGUUUCCAUGCUGUAUUACAUUAUGACUCUAAAUCCUACCUGUAGGUCUUGCCCGAAUUAGUAAGUCUGAGUGUUCCCUGUGAUCCUUUUACAAUGGCCUAAUGAGAAUAUAAUUUCUUUAUCCAGGUUUUCUGAACCCAACAUAAAUGGAACACCUCUCUGAAAUCUCCCCUCAACCACAAUACCUCUAUCCAUAUUUUGCAACUAAAAUUCCUCAUUCCUCAAACCAUUCUGGUCGACCUCCCCUGCUCCAUCACUCUCGGGCACCCUCCCAUCCUUCACAAUGUGUGGCUGAUCUCUGGUCAGGACAGAUUCCAAUGCUGUGUGUUCCUGUCUGUGAUGUCAUCAUGCAGUGACGAGUGCGUGGUGACAUCACCGCCCUCCCCAGGGACCUCCUCAACUGAGACUUUUCUCUGGCUCCAGUGCUCCUGGUACCUUUUGGUUUUUUUCAGUGGAUUUUAAAGUGGAAAGCAAUAUAAUUUUUUUUUAGCUUUCAAUGACAAUUUCCAUCUUUUAGUGCUGUGUUCUGUUAUCUGUCAAAGGGUUUGUGUGUCCCUGCGACUGAUGUAGCUCCUUUACUGUGGAUCUGAGUCCAUGCCCAUCCACUGCUCUCUCUCACCAAUCACCUCUCUGCCAAUGUCUAACUUCCUAUGGCUCUAAUGAUUACAGUAGUCCCCCCUUACCCACGACGGUUAUGUUCCAGGGCCUACCAUGAAAGCCCGAAACCGCUGAUAGGAGUGAACCCAUUUACUUAAAUGAGAAGCAUACCUUCCCGGCAGCCUCCUAGUCCCUGGUGCUGGAACGUUCCCUAUAAUAUGUUUGGGCUGUGGUAAAGGGCAGACAACUGAAACCACAGAAAACAAUUCCACAGAUGUGGGGGUCGCCCUCUAGCGUAUUUUAACUGUGUUUAGUAUUCUGCUGUUCCUUUUGCUGAUUUAUGUAAAAAUGAAGUUCUGACAAUUGAUUAUAUGUGGCAUACUGACCAGUUUUAUUUUCCCUGCUUAUCUUUCACAGCCUGGAAUUGUUUGUGGAUUAUUGUCCAAUUUCACUUCUGCUUCUGAGCUUACACUGUCUAUCAAAUUCUGCACCGUUUUUGUUUCCUGUAAUUCAUUCUGCACAGCCUAAAAUUUUAACUCCUUUUCUCUCUCCACAGAAAAUCCCUGAACUGCUGAAUCCUUACACCGUUUGGUCUUAUAAUUUCAGAUUUCGACCCGCUGCUGUAUUUUUGCUCUGAUUUUAUGACAGGUCUUGGUUCGAGAACCAAGAUAUUAAACACAGAGGGAGCUAAUAAGUGCUGCUUUGUAGUAAAUGGGGUGAAGUUACUGCGUUUUUGAGGACUUUGCAAUCCAGAGAGAGCCAGAAAUUUCCACUGUGAAUUCAUCAAACAAGAUCAAGUCUGAGAUGGGGAUCAGAAAUGAGCCAAUAUUUGCCAAUCUCCCAUUGCCAGUGGAGAUGAUGAUGAUGUUUGGUCUUCUUGAAUUACUGCAGUCAAUAUGAUGAAGGUGCUCCCACAGCAAGGUUGUUUGAAAGGGAAGAUUUUCAGUCGGGCAAGUGAAAACUGCAUGACGUCGGGAUCCAAUAUCAUUCGGACUCUGAACAUGGAAGGAAAAAGCACCAUUCUCGGUAUGGAGAAACCAUACACAUGUUCUGUGUGCGAGCGACAUUUCAGCCGAUCUUGUGACCUGUCAAGGCACAGGCGGUGUCACACCGGGGAUAAACGGUGGGAAUGUGGAGACUGUGGGAAGGGAUUCCGAUCCCCAUCCGAACUGGAAAGGCAUUGGCGCAUUCAUACCGGGGAGAGACCGUUCACCUGCUCUGAGUGCGGGAAGGGGUUCAACAAUUCAUCUAACCUACUGAAUCACCAGCGUGUUCACACUGACGAGAGGCCUUUUAAAUGUCCGGACUGUGGGAAGUGCUGCAAGAGUCCUGGGGACCUGAUGUCCCAUCAACUUGUUCACACUGAGGAGAGGCCAUUCAGAUGCUCUCACUGUGGGACUCGGUUCAAGCGAUCAUCUGAAUUUAGCGUCCACCAGCGCACUCACACUGGGGAAAGGCCAUUCACUUGUGCUGAUUGUGGGAAGGGAUUCACUCGGUCAUCCCACCUCCUAACACACCGACAGGUUCACAGUGACGAGAGAGCAUUCCGAUGCCAGGAGUGUGAGAAGUGCUACAAAAGUUCUCGGGAACUGAUGUCCCACCAACGUAUUCACACUGACGAGAGACCUUUCAAGUGCUCUCACUGUGGGUUCGCCUUCAGACAAUCAUCUCAACUCUCUGUACACCAGCGGGUUCACACCGGGGAGAGACCGUUCACUUGCUCCGAGUGUGGGAAGGGAUUCACUCAGUCAUCCCACCUACUCAGACACAAGCGAAUUCACAAGUAAAUACAGUGAUUGGAUUUUGCUGUUAAUUACACCCAGGACUGAACCAAG